AUGUCGGCGUCACGAUCCUUUGCGACUUGCUUGGCCAAGCUUCCAGCUACCGCGUCACGAACAGCACAGCCUAUGCGACUUGGCCAGAAUGUACUGUCGCAAGCUUCUCGAACCAGAUCUGCCAUGAUUACCGGAGCUGUCCGAUUCUCGCCCGUUUCCCAGAGAGCUUUCACCACGUCAACGCAAAGACGGCACGGACAUAUCGACCCUCCGAAGGCGGGUGAGGAACUUUAUGUUACAUUUAUUGAGAAGGAUGGUACGGAGAACAAGUUUGCCGUUUCCGAGGGCGAUAACCUCCUCGACAUCGCCCAAGCAAACGAUCUAGAGAUGGAGGGCGCCUGCGGAGGUUCCUGCGCCUGCUCGACAUGCCAUGUCAUUGUUACCGAGGAUGAAUACUUCGACAAGAUGCCCGAGCCUGAGGACGACGAGAACGACAUGCUGGAUCUGGCAUUCGGACUUACGGAGACAAGUCGAUUGGGUUGCCAGGUGAAGAUGACCAAGGAGAUGGACGGCCUAGUGGUGAAGCUGCCAUCCAUGACGAGGAACCUGCAAGCGAGCGAUUUCGGCAGCUAG